AUGGUCAAACAAGAGCCAUUUGCCGUGGAACAGUUCAUGGACAAGUAUGAGACCAACAUCUCCUAUAACAUGGGUGAAACUUGUGUUGAUUCGCUCUCCAUGAAUGACAUUUUGGCCAGUUUACCACCACAGGCCCGUGAAGAUGCUACCAAGGCACUUCUUGACACAAAACUCACUUAUGGGCACAUCCGUGGCUCGCCCCGCUUAAAGAAGGCAAUCGCUUCUCUCUACAAUGACAAUCAGAUCGGUCCAGACAACAUUGUAAUCACCAACGGUGCAAUUGGUGGCAAUUUCUUGACCUUCUACACGGUAGUAAACCCAGAUGAUCACGUUUUGGUGGUGGAUCCUUCGUACCAGCAGCUUUCAUCGGUGCCCAAGAUGUUUGGAGCAAAAGUGGAGCCAUUCGAGCUCAAAUUCGAAGACAAUUAUUUGCCUGAUUUGAAUAAGUUGGAGCAGAUGAUUACUGUCAAUAAUACCAAGCUUUUGGUCAUCAACAAUCCCAACAAUCCCACCGGAUGUGUGUGGGAGAAUGAUAUUUUGGCCCUGAUUGUAAACAUUGCCAAACGUUACAAUGUGACGAUCUUAUGUGACGAGGUGUACAGGCCACUAUUCCAUUUUGAAGGUGUAGAAGAUAUUAAGUCUAUUGUAUCAUUUGGUUACGAGAAUACCAUCUCUACUGGAUCGAUGUCCAAGGCAUUUUCCCUUGCGGGACUUCGAUUGGGCUGGAUCGUGACCAAGAACGCCAAGUUUUUGGACGGCUUCUUUGAGAAGAGAGACUACAACACCAUUUCUGUGUCGAUUCUUGACGACGCAAUGGCUGCUGUUGCUCUUGAGAACGUAGAGAGCAUUCUUGCGAGAAAUCAUGAACUUUGUCAGAGAAAUUUGGCACAUAUUGACAAAUUCAUUGAGGCGUCGAACGGCUUAGCGCAAUGGGUCCGACCUCGAGGCGGAAGUACCUGCUUCAUUCGAAUUAAUGGAGUGGAUACAAUGGAACUUGCAGAGGAUUUGGCUGAAAACCAUGCAACGUUGGUGGUUCCGGGAGAGGUGUUUGGCAAGCCGGGUUCGAUAAGAAUCGGAUUUGGCAACAGUGAAGAGGGGGUGAAAUUGGGGCUUGAAGUGUUGCUUCGUAGAUUGCAGAAGUAA